AACGGGUGCAGAGAGUCCAGCUGAUGUCCUCCGAGGGCGAGGUCAUAACCAUUGACAGGGAAGUGGCCAAUCGAUUUGAGCGACUCAAAGAAUUGCUGGGCGCGAAUGAUUUUCUGUACUUUCCGAAUACGCGAUCUAUUAUUUUGCGAAAGUUGCUGACAUGGUCAUUCUACCAUAAGUAUGAUCCCGGGCCCAGAAACGAUGACGACAGCACUUCGUGGUACACCGAGUUCUUCGAUGUGGAUCAGGGCACACUGCUCGAACUGAUAGAAACAGCAUGCUUCCUGGACUUACCCAAACUGCUCAAUAAAGCCCAGGGGCUAUGAAUUAUUCAAUAAGAA